AUGUCGAAUUCGGAUGAUAAUGAAAUGUCGCCUCUAUCGCUAGAAGGCCAUUACGACGGUUCGAUGUCUUCAGAUUUCGUCGAUGAAGAUUCAGAUGGCGAGGGAUUCCAAUAUUAUGCCGAGACCAGCCUACAUGACGAAAACUCGAAUUAUGCAGAAUCUCAUUAUGCGGAGAAUCAUCGUUACUUUCAACAUAAGGAAGCUCAGCAAAUUUACGAUUUGUUUGAAAAUCCUCAUCACAUCGAGUUCCGUACCACUGAAGAACGUCUCACUCAGUUUCCCGAGAUGAGAUUGAUUCCAGCAACACGGCAUCUACGUGGAAUUUCAGUCAGUGACACCAGUCACCUGACUACAGCAACAACGAGGCUAUUCUAUCCGAAAUCUCCGCUAGAACAUGAAGAAUCUUACAUAAACCAUGAACUGACAGCACUUCCGGAUCGGUACUUCCAGAAACGACUAACUUUGACCGCAAAACAGGCGGGAUUUGAUUCCGACUGUGCCACGUGUGACACUUGUGAUUUUAUAUGGAGACAGAACAAAUUGUAUCAGACACACUUACGGAAACAUGCUGUCUAUGGAUCUGGAAAUAUUAUGAGUCUUCAUGUUGGAUUACUCUGUCCUGUGCACAAUUGCAAGACUCGAUGUGAUUCUAUUGCGACGAUUGUAAAACACAUGCAAUUAACUCAUGGCAUUGAUAAUCUCCCAUUCGAAAGCAUUAUUUUCAAGAAUAUUACAGAGUUUAAGUUAUGGAAAGUCGAGUUGGAGCGACUAACCACUGCGAGAUUCGUCCCAUCAUCUACAAAACAUAAUGUAUUCUGCAAAUCGACAUUUUAUCAGUGUCACAUGUCUGGAAGAAGACAGUAUCAGGGCACUGAUAAGAUUAGAAACAGAAGAAGCAGGAAAAUUGGAAAGACUUGUACAGCAUUCUUCAAUGUUAGGGAGAAUGAUGAUGGGACUGUCGUUCUCCGUGGUUGUACCAAACAUUUUGGUCAUGGAAUGGAUGUGAAAUCACUCCCAAUCACUAAAGAUAUUCAGAUGGAAAUUGCUCAUUUAUUGAUUGAAGGAUACGAUGAGAUUGAGAUAGCAGAUCACAUGCGUUUGCUGUCGCAUGCAAUGGAUCGAAGAUAUUAUUUGCAGAACUAUGAAGUUCGAAAUGUGUUGAGCAAGAUUGAGAGUUAUAAAGUGGAGUUCAAGAGAAAGAUGGUUAACGGAGAAAAACUGCCGAGCUUGGUGAACAUUUGCAAAACACCAUCAAAUGAUCAACAAAGUGUGGUCUUUCCAAUUGUCAAGGCGAAACUUGCACAAAGCAGAUAUCCGGUAGAUCAGGAUAAUGAUGUGGAGAAUGAUAGCCCAACACUGAUUGGCGGAGACACAAUCGAUAGUAUUUAA